AUGGCUGGUCGAUUGAAAGAAGAUGAGAGAAACGAGAAAGUUAUUAGGAGUCUUCUCAAACUUUCUGAUAACAAGAGGUGUAUAAACUGUAACAGCCGUGGACCACAAUAUGUUUGCACUACUUUCUCGACUUUUGUUUGUACCAACUGCAGUGGAAUACACCGUGAGUAUACUCACCGCGUUAAAUCGAUAUCAAUGGCAAAAUUUACCUCACAAGAAGUCACUGCUCUACAAGAAGGUGGAAAUAAGCGUGCUAAGGAAAUUUAUUUUAAAGGAUUGGAUCAACAGCGGCAGUCAGUGCCUGAUGGCAGUAAUGUAGAGCAGUUAAGGGACUUUAUCAGACAUGUUUAUGUAAAUAAAAGGUACACAAAUGAGAAGAAUGAUGACAAGCCUCCAAGAGGACAGAUGGGCGAUAAAAAUGAUUAUAGUGAGACACGAAGUUCUACUGGGUCUCGAAGUCCACCAUAUGAAGAUGUAUAUGACCGUCGUUACAGCGACAGAUCAAGUCCUGGUGGGAGAAGUCCAGGGUUCGAGCCAGGUAGCAGGAAAGUUGGUGAUAACAAAAAGAGCCCUUCUCGACCUGAGAUAUUGAAUGAUUGGCGCAGAGAGGAUAGAUUUGGGGGUAGAAAAAAACCAGAAGAGGGGUCCCAGUCACCUGAGCAAGUAAAAGACUUGGGUUCAGCUAGCCCUCCUGUAGUUCGACCUGUUAGGGAAAUUUUGGGUGACAAUGUUAUUCCUCUUCGUGUGGGAGAGCCUCCAAAGCCCCAUGUCGCUAGAAAUACCGAUGCUUCAGCACAUCCAAAGCCAGCUGCAACAUUGAGUAGUUUAAUCUCCACAAAUGAGAAUCCACCAGAAGUGAAGCUGGAAACUGCUUUAAGCCUGAUUGAUUUUGACGCUGAUCCCGAACCCCCUGCUCCAUCUGUUGCACUACAAGCACCGCAAUUGACCACACCUCAGCCUCUUGCACAGCCUGCAAGUGAAAAUAAUAAUAACUGGGCAUUUUUCGAUGCUGCGCCCAGUGCUCCUAGUGUGAAUGUAUCUCAAUCACCACCCAAUAGAAACACAUUGGAUUCGCUUCUGUCGCAGUUGGCAGUGACCUCUUCUGUGCCAGUUCAGACUUCUACACUAUUUAGUGGACCUGUUGACUCACUGGAUAUAACUAGUGUGCAUCAGCAGUCUCCUUCAUUGUUACCUGUGAAUCUUGGGCAUUCCGCAUCACAAAACUUUGCACCACCUCAGAAUGGACAUUCAAGUGAACAGCUGUGGAACACACCGCUUGCUUCUAAUGGACAAAGUUCAGUGAUUACACCAGGGUCGUUGCAACCUCUUCAAGGAGUCCAUUCGGAGGGUACUUCUGGUGGCCUGCUGUCUUCUGAAGUUAAACCUUCCGGAAGAACAGAAUUACCCGCGGAUUUAUUCGCCAUAACCUACCCAUCAUACCAUGCACCAGUGCCUGGGUGGCAAGCUGGUCCACCACCUAAUGGUAUGCACUUUGGCAUGCAGCAGUAUAAUAACACCAUGAAUGUAUCGCAGCCAGCCAAGUCAAUGAACCCUUUUGACUUCAGCAACGAGCAGUCAUCACAGACACAAACAGAAACUCUGUUCCCUCCCAUGGAGUCUCCGCAAACCGCUGUACCUCCUUUGGGCAUGAUGCCUUCACAAGGAGUACACAAUCAUUUCAGUAUACCAUCUCAAGUCUCAGGCCAUCCAUCUGCAGUGCCACCAAUGUACAUAUCUCCUCAAAUACCAGGAAGCAUGCCACCUAGCAAUGUAAGCCCAAUUGGCAACAUUGGCGCAUCAUAUGACGCUCAACAAACAUUUCAUAAUUUCGGAAGCUCAUUUGCUGCUGCGAUUCCUUUGAAUCCACCUUCAUUCCCGUCAGGGGGAAACCCGUUUGGGUAA